UACCUUGCUCUGUAAAUAUUGUAGCUAUAUAUAGUUUUCGUAUGGUGACAGAUUUACAAAGAAAAAAUAUUAGAGUGAAGGAAAAAAAAAAAAACAGAGAAAAAGAUAAGAGAUAUAUGGAUACACAAAGGUUGCCGAAGAAGGAAGAAGAAGAAGCAGAUCAUCUACUUUCUUCAACCUUCGAGUCCAUCAAUGGUCUCUCUCGAGACCAACACAAUCAUUCUAUAGAUGAUUUCGACAGCAUUUUCGACAUCACCAUUGAUAAUUUAAGCUGCUCUCACGAACUCACAUGGGAUUUCUGGGAAGAAGACGAAGAUGAAGAUGUAGGGGAAGAAGAAAAAAGAUUGAGUACUGAUCAAGAAGGCUCAAGUUUCGGGUUUUGGGAGAAUAAACCGACGGAUUAUGAAGACAAAGACUUGGGUCUGAAGCUAAAUCUGAACCAUCAAGAAGUUAUUGAUGCUUGGUCUGAUCACCGGAAACCUCUGUGGACAGAUAAUACAACUGUGGCCAAUUCCCUUUAUAAGGGAGAAGUUCCAGUGAUAGAGGAAGAGAGAAACAUGCGAAGAGAAGCAAGUGUGUUAAGGUACAAAGAGAAAAGACAGAGUAGGCUCUUCUCUAAGAAGAUAAGGUACCAAGUCCGAAAACUCAACGCUGAUAAACGACCUCGUUUUAAGGUCUCUUUCUUACUCCUUCAUUCUACACUAUAGCCUGAACUCAUUUAGUUUCAUGACACUAAAUAAUAGUGUGAUGCCUAAUUUUAUAUUUUUCUUGCAAUGGAAAUCUUUUAAAUUAAAAAAAAAAUCUUUUGAAUUAUUUGUAGGGUCGGUUCGUGAAAAGGGAGACUUAAAAAGGGGGAAAAUAUCUGGAAGAAAAAUAUCUCCAACCUUUGUUGUGUCUUUUUUUCUGUUAUUAUUAUUUGUAGUUUUGAGAUAUCAUUAUCGACUUUUACAACUUUUGUCAUAUUGAAAUGAAAAAUAUCUUCUUGACAUAAAAAGAAAAAGAGAUGCAAACAUGAAGAGGACGUAUAUGGCAAGUCUUUGUCGAAUUGGUGGGGUCUUAAGGCUAAAAAAGGGUUAACCACAUGUGUUUGAAUCGAAAUCUACUCAUCCUCUGUCGGGACCAAACUAAUGUACAUAUCAACUACCAUGUUUUUCUCAUAUGAAUAUUCAAAACUACCGUAAAUUUUUAUGACA